GUCUAUAAUCAUGCGUGACUUUCAGCACAUUCCAGAUCAUUGUCUAGAUCGAGAUACUUCGCAAAAUUAAAAAAGAAAAACGCCAUUUUGGUGCGAAGAUUCCUUUGUUUAAACUCACAGAAGACCGACGCUUUUAUCAUUAACCUAAGCGAUAAAUACUAAUAUUUUAAAAAAAAAAAUGCCCUACUACGGCGUAGCUAAUGGUCGUAACACUGGAGUUUAUGAUAAUUGGGAGGACUGUAAAGAACAAGUUCAUAGAUAUUCUCAUUGCGAUUUUAAAAAAUUUGAUACACCAGAUCAAGCUUGGGAUUUUGUUGACCAACGUUCUUCAUCUUCGAAUGGAAACAACUAUGUUAAUGAUGCAUAUAAAUCUAAUAAUAAAGCCAUAGCUUGUAGAAGUGACAAUCAAAUUGCAAAAAGAGAUAAUUAUCAAGAAGCUAGAGCUUACAAACGAACUGAUUACAUGGAAGGAAGAAACGGUGUCAUUGUACGUGAACGAACUUAUACAAGUGGUCGACAUGGCAAUGGUUAUUAUGUCGAAAAACGUACACGUACUUACUGGGAAAGUUAAAUGAUAUAAUAUAACAAGAUAUAUAAUAUGAUAUAACAAGAUAUAAUAAUAUAACAAGAUAUAUAAUAUGAUAUAACAAGAUAUAAUAAUAUAACAAGAUAUUGAGAAAAAACUUAUAAUAAUACUCAUAAUAUAAAGUCAGCAUGAGUUAUAAAUUCAAACAAGUUGAUAUCGAUUAAAGUAUGUUAGUUUCAGAUUUAUGAUUAUAGAGAUAGAGAUGUAUGCAAGUUUAUUGUUAUCAGCAUGUUUUUUUUUUUUUUUCUUUUCAAGAUAUUACACAUAGGUGUUAACUAAGUUUUACAUUUAUAUGCGAGUUUUAUAUGUGAAAGCGUAUGUUUGAGUAAUCUCAUUGCAGAAAAUAUCAACUUAUUGCGUACACAAUAUAUGU